GGCAGGCAGGGAGGGAGGGAGCGCGCGCCUCGCCUGCAGUCCUGGCGCGGCUGCUUCAUUGCGAGCUCGGCCGGCGGACGCAGGAGCCUGGCGCCCCGAACCCUCCCUCUGCUCUGCUCUGCUCCCCCAGGCCUUGCUCCCGCCUUGCACCCUUCAGCAGGCGGCGGCUGCUCUAUGCGCGGACGGGGACGCCCCAGUGCAUGAGGUCUGGUGCUUCCCAGAGAGUGGCUGAGCGUGUGCAUUAAACCCCGAGGAACGGGAACCAUGUCGGGCUCCUACGAUGAGUCUGCGGCGGCUGCGGAGGAAAUAACCGACAGCUUCUGGGAGGUGGGGAACUACAAACGGACAGUGAAACGGAUAGACGACGGGCACCGGCUCUGUAAUGACCUCAUGAACUGCGUCCACGAGCGGGCCAAGAUCGAGAAGGCCUACGCUCAGCAGCUGACCGACUGGUCCAAGAGGUGGAGGCAGCUGAUCGAGAAAGGCCCGCAGUACGGCAGCUUGGAGAGGGCGUGGGGAGCCAUGAUGACAGAGGCGGACAAGGUGAGCGAGCUGCAUCAGGAUGUGAAGAACAGCCUGCUGAACGAGGACUUUGAGAAGGUGAAGAACUGGCAGAAGGACGCUUACCACAAGCAGAUCAUGGGAGGCUUCAAGGAGGCCAAGGAGGCAGACGAUGGCUUCCGGAAAGCGCAGAAACCCUGGGCCAAGAAAAUGAAGGAGGUGGAGACGGCCAAGAAAGCAUAUCACCUGGCAUGCAAAGAGGAGAAGCUGGCAAUGACCCGGGAAGCCAACAGCAAGGCAGAGCAGUCCAUCACUGCAGACCAGCAGAAGAAGCUCCAGGACAAGGUGGAAAAGUGCAAGCAAGAUGUGCAAAAGACCCAAGAGAAAUACGAGAAGGUGCUGGAGGAGCUGAACAAGUGCACCCCACAGUACAUGGAGAGCAUGGAGCAGGUGUUCGAGCAGUGCCAGCAGUUCGAGGAGAAGAGGCUCAUCUUCCUGAAGGAGGUGCUGUUGGACAUCAAGCGGCACCUGAACCUGGCUGAGAGCAGCAGCUACACCAACGUCUACCGCGAGCUGGAGCAAACCAUCCGCGUGGCAGACGCGCAGGAGGACCUCAGGUGGUUCCGCAGCACUAAUGGCCCGGGGAUGCCUAUGAACUGGCCCCAGUUUGAGGAGUGGAACCCGGACCUCACGCACACGAUAACGAGGCGAGAGAAGAUUAAGAAGAACGAAGGGGUGACCCUGACCAAUGCCACUGCAGUGGGCGAGUCAGCAGCAGUGGCCGGGGACCGCGGCAGCGUGAGCAGCUACGACCGCAGCCAGCCCUACACCACUGAGUGGUCGGACGACGAGGGCGGCAACUCCUUCAGUGCCAGCGAGGCCAAUGGCGGCGCCAACCCCUUUGAGGAGGAGCCGGUAGGGAAGGGAAUGCGUGUGCGAGCUCUGUAUGACUACGACGGGCAAGAGCAGGAUGAGCUGAGCUUCAAAGCGGGCGACGAAUUAACCAAAUUAGGUGAAGAAGAUGAACAAGGAUGGUGCAAAGGGCGUCUAGACAAUGGGCAGCUCGGCCUUUACCCAGCCAACUAUGUGGAGUCUAUCUAACCUCAUGGUGUUCUCGUCAUUGCUGUCUAAAAAUAAACAAACCCUCCGUCGUCUUCAUUUCUCUACACCAGCCAACCAGCCAUCUUGCCGUCUGGUCACUCACGCUGUACCAUUAGAGAUUCAAACAUAUUUUCCAACCAAGCUUUUAUUUUUUUAAGAGCGGUCUCAGAAGAAUAUUUUGCAUACUGGCUUUUCUUCCUCUUCUAAGAUAAUGUGAAGCGAAAGGUCGACGUUGUCUGUCCUUUUUUUUUUCAAAGCAAAAAGCCAAUACCUCAAGAUUUUAAAGCCCAACCAAUGAGGGCAUUUCCAGGGCUUCUGAUUGGUUGGCUUUUAAGGCUAUUGUAAUCAUAAGCCCACCUUCCCAUUGGCUGGGACUGUUCCGAAACACACGGUGCGUCAACUACAGGGACCAGUCAAAUUUGCCCUAUUUGAACAUAACCAAAUUAAAAUGGGAGGAAAUGGAAUUUAUCCCCUUUUAUUUAUGUAUAGAUUUUUAUACUCACCUUCCCUAAGCAUUGUCUUUCCAAUUUCUCCGUCUUUGCGGGUGGACGGGGGGAAAAGUAUCUCCCUACCUAUCCUUUGCCCUCUCCCAUUCAUCUCAAACCACAUCCAUGUACCGUACAUCUCCCAUCCAGCUGAACACCCUGAGUCUUUGAGUUGGGCAAGGAUUAGGGCUCAUUGAUGUCUUGCAAGCAGGAAUGGUUGCCUGUAAAUUAAAGGAAGAUUCCUCAUCCCAGUGAAAGCUUUGGGAUUUUUAGAGUAUGGUCUUCCCCUCCUCCUCCUCCAAUCAAACAUCACCAUGGUGUGGUCACUAGUAUCGUAUUGUCAUCCUGGACCCAGCAAAGGCUUACUUCCAAUGCUCUUCAGUGACAUUACAUCACUUCCUCAGUCCAGGUUCCCAGCAAGGCUGUACAAGUUCUCUGGUCCGAGACAGGAAUGCCUCUGUGUCUGGCAGCACCUGGACAUGCUGGAGCAAAGGCACCCAUGGACCCUGAACCACAAUGUGGACUCCUGCUCCCUUUUCAGGAGAUGCUUGGUACACCACUGUGGUGUGGAGAGCUAUGUAGGCCUGUGAAAGCUAAUGGAGGCCUGCACUCUGGGAGGGAGCGAACUGGGCCUUGAAAUGCAUCACCUCUUCUUUGGAGAUUUGCAACGCUGCUUCACCGCUGUUGGAAACCUCUUCGUAACAGUGACAGGAGCUAGGGUGAUUCAGGGUGCCAGGCUGGGAUGAAUCUUAGGCCUGGCUCAAGACCUUUUUCCUGGGAAAGGAAUCUCACCAGGGACCAUCAGAGGGACUAUUUUUCUACCACUGAACUAAGGUGGGACCAGACUUCAAUGUCCCGUUCUUUGCACUGGAAUGUGGUGGAGAUUUAUGUUUAUUCCAACCAGAUGUGGAUAGGUGCAGGAGAUUCCCUUUACAUGUGCAGGCUUUCUCCCCCAGCCACCUGAUGGAUGGUGCAGGGGGCAUGGAGAGAAGUCGCCUGGCAUUCGGACUGGGUGCCUAGCGUGGGAGAUGCUCCAGGCCACCACCCUGCCUAGGAAGAGUCACAGGUGCGAAGCAGUAAAUGAAGCCUGCACUAGUGUCAGACAGGAGAGGGUCCCUCCUUUAGGCGGUGGCAACAAGGCUAAGAAGAACUCAUCUGCAUAGCUUUGUGCACCUGGUGUGGGCUCUGGACGCAGCUUCCAAGAGGAGAGAACGUGGGACUGGAUUGGUGCGUAUGGAAUGGAUUCCGAGCCGGGAGCCCAACUGGUGUAAGGGUGGGGAUAGUGCUGACGCUGCAACACAGAGGAAAGACAGCUAUAAAGCAAGCUGCUGUGUCCUUUCCCCAAUGAGAAUGGGUGUCCUCCAGCCCCAUUCACGGCCCCAAGUCCUGUCGUGAGUGCCCUGGAGGGACUGUGAAUAGGAUUCCCCAGCAGCUGCUCUGCACCUUCCUCAUGAAAGGCAUUUUCACCCCAUAGGCCCUGCUGAUCACACAUGACCUGUCCCCUGACUUCCAAGCCAGCAGUCUAGCUGUGGGUGCUCCAUUGUAGCCAGCAUGCAGUUCACCCCUGUGCAACUCCAUUGACCUCAGGGAGCUUAAGCAGGGGUGGAUUGGACCCUGAGACUUUCCUGAGCCAUGAUAAUAGCAGCGGGGCGUUCUGCAUCAGCCCCGAGAGAAGGAAGUAAAGAGUGUAGGACCCAAUUCCAAUCUCAGUUUCACUGGUGUAAAUCUGGAGUAACUCUGCCUGAGUCCCAGAGGUUUUACUCUGGAUUUAGAUCAGCAUCAGGCCUAAAGGCAGUGGCGUGGGAACCAAAGAGUAAAUGCCAAAUGGAAGAGAACAUCAAAGCAAAAUCUGUCUGGAGUGAAACACCCGGGUCACCUCGCGGAGAAUAAAAGAGGAUGGGGAUUGGUGUUUACUCUGAUCCAUGGAGGAAAGGGGCCAUUACAUCGCUUGCCAAGCCCAGCCCUACUAGCACUAAUCAUGCCUGUGGCUUCUUCCAUCAGUGGCAGAUGGAAAGUCCUCAUAAGGGCACGAAGGCGGCAUCCCAGGGCUAUGAAAAAACAAUCCCUUUGUCAAACGCUACGUGGAGCUGCAGCAUCUCAGCUUUUUAACCCCCCACAAGCCAGGAUAGCAAAGUGAGGACCGUGGGAGAAAGGGACACUUGCUUUUACUUCUGCUUCAGUUGGGCAGGGGAUGUGAAUACUGGCUGGUAUCCCAUGGCAAAUAGAGCCUUUGUUAGAACGUCUUCCUCACAUGCGUCUGACGAAGUGGAUCUUCACCCAUGAAAGCUCCAAUAUAUCUGUUAGUCUUAAAGGUGCCACAGGACUCUCUGUUGCUUCCUUGUUAGGUUUUGCUAGAGACAAGCAGGCAGGAGCUGUUCAAAGGGUCAAGCGUCCUCUGGAAAACAGGGAUGGCCAUUCCCCAGUGGCUUUGGCCUGAAGACUGAGAUAACACCGACAACCCGUUGUCCGUGGGAGAGGUCACCAGAAGACUAAACCACCACACAGCUACUCAUGUUGUCAUCACUAUCUGUUGCACUAGAGACACACCUGAGCCUAUAACCCUACGUCCAAACAAUGCAGGUUUGAGUUCCAUCUGUAUUUGUUAUUUCAUAGCCCUGGGAUGCUUUGUAAGUGGGGCCUAUCAGCAAGCCCACGCUGGAAGGAGCAGCUUUCCUGAUCACGAUGGGAGGGUGUUGCUCAGUAGGCUCACAACUUAACCCAACUCAAAACCUUCCCAGGAGAGAAGCUGGCAAAAGCAAACCUAGUUAUCUAAGCGGUUUCCCCCUGUUGGCAAUGAAGUUGGGUCACUUGUCAUCCAACCACAUAUUUCCUUUCCUAAUCCCUGGGUAAGCUACCUUGCUCCUUAAGCAGCCUCCACCGGGGCAGCUUGUGUCUUGGAGGUGCAGAAAAACAACAAAGAACAUUUUAUAUAGCGGAUUCAAAUUUCAUAUGGCCCACGGGCGCAUAUGGGUAACAGGUUAUCUGCCAUUCCUUGCGGUUCAAGAGAAAAGCUCCCCCUGAUUUUUCCAUAGGAAGCCACAGAUCAUUGCUUAUUUAUCCCCCAUCAUCUUCAAAUUCAUCAGCCGCCUCCCCUCCACGUCCUCCUCCUCCUCCUUAACCUGUUUAGUUCAUGAAUUAUUGACUCCAGUGACCAAGUGUUCUUCCCGCCCGAAUAAAUGUGCUGCAUACUGGAUAACAUAGACAAGACCUCUCCAACCUUCAGCUCUAUUUCUUCCAUUAGUUAACAAACAAACAACAAAAGUCAAGAAAAUGCUGUUGUCUCAGCACUGCACCUGUUUUUUGUACAUUGAUUGUGUAAUUUAAAAAAGAUAUAUAUAUAUAUAUAUACAUAUCUAUAUAUAUAUUGUGAUUGUAUUACUGUGGAUACGACAAAAACAACAAAACGAGUAACUGAGCUAUGUAAUUGUUAUAUGGAUUUUAACCCUCCUUUGAGUCUUGUGCUCGAAUAUCUCCCGGUGUAGAUGUAACUGUCACCUUUACCAGAUGAGUAUUACUUUGGGGUUUGGUUUGUAGCAGGCAGUGGGUAUAGGGAGUAAGAGCAGGGAUAUUUCUCAAGCGCCAGUGUGGCAGGGGAGAGGGGGCACUUAGUGCACUUCCUGCACAGGAAGUAUGAUGCCUCCCUCUCCCCAUGCCUUCCACCUCCACCCAUUGCACGCCAAGUUAUCGCUACAGCUGAAGGAGGCGUAACAGGCCCUGUUGUGUUCAUCCAGAGAAGCUUGAGAACCCGGGGGCCUGGUUUUCAGAAGUCUUGAGCGCUUGCUGACUUCAUCUGGAGUUGUGGGGGCUCAGUCCCUCUGACCACCAGGACUUGAGUGUUCUGAAAACACGUCCCUACAAGGUGCUGAGAAGCUGAGCCUGUUGCAGGAGCAGGCCGGAGCUGGGCUGGGAAACAGGUGGAAAAGGCCCUUUGCAGCAAAGACCAACUCUGUUAUCACUCCUCGUAGGAGAUGGGCCAGGACCUCCGCCAUGAAGCCUUUGUUGAUGGGGAGGAGGAAUUGGCUCAAAUCCCUGAUGCUGCCACGAGGGCUUUGCUUCCAAGUCAGAUCCAAAGCCAGAUGGGGACGGGGGAGUCUAAAGUUUCGCUGUCAGGAUGAAGCCAAGAUCCUCGCAAGAUUUUGAGUCUCCCCCGAUCGAGUUGGGGGUGCGUGUUUGCCUUCCGCUUAGGCUGUGGUUAUGCAGCACUGGAUUUUAGCAUUGUCCAACCCAAAGCCCAAGCCUAGUUCCAAUUCAACCCCAAGCCUGAAAGGGCGGGGGAAACCCAAUCCUCAUAACCACCCCCUUAGCCCAUCUCGCCUCCUAAUGUUCGGUUCCAGGAAUGUUUGGCAGGCCCUUUUCCACGCUGCAGCUCCAGGUCAGAGGAGCUUUGAGUUUGGAAUGGCAGGAGAGGGACACUUAGGAUUUAUUUUGAUUUUGCCAAGCUCAGAACAGCUCUAAUGCAGUGACUCCAGGGCCUUGAUCCAGCUGGGACAGAAGAAAUAGCCCUUACGUCAAGUGGGUGAAAGGUUUCACUGUGGGUAAAGUGAUGGGAGUUGCCAUGUCCUGCAUGGAAGGCACUGGAACUUCCGCUCUGAGUGUACGGUACAAAGGGGAAAUCUUUUAUGUUGCUCCAGUGAAGUCAGCAGACCCACAUCCAUGAGGAAUUUGGCCCAUUCUCUUUAGAAAAAGACACGUGCCCUGUCUCCCAAGCCAGCCAGCCUCGACCAGCACAGCCAGCAUAACCAAAAGCAGACGCUUCUUCUCUCAGUAAAGGUCCUUUGCAGGAGAGUUUCCCCUGAUGCCAAGACUCCCUAAGGAGCAAACAAGGCCCAAACCAAAUGCUUGGGUGAAUCACAACGUAAGAGCGCAGUCCUAUGAGGCCCUGAGCACUCUGAAUUCAGACCGGGCUCAGACGGAGUUCGGAGGCCCCUCUGCAGGAGUGGUCCCUACAUUAUCCAACAGCUUCCUGGAGUGGGUUGUAACCCAAUAGGACUGAACUGAGACACUUUUAGGAUAGGCUCCCAGGCACAGUUUAAGAAUAUUUAAUCCGCCACAUGGAGCAGAUCCUCUACUUCCUCCCCUUGACUGCUCCACUGAAUGGUGUUCGCUCCUAAAUCCAUUGAACAUCGCCGCUGGUCACCCAAUCCCUCACUGAGGCUCGGAAAGAGUUUCGCAGCUGGCGAGCAAACAGCUCCCAGGAGAAUAAUUCUAUAUUUAGAUGGAGGGUCAUGGGACAGGCAGAGCACGCAGGGCAAAGCCUUUACCCUGGCAAAAGAAUGUUGCAAGCACUCGACCCUCCCCCUUUCCCCACAGGACCAAACCACGCCAGAAAAUAGCGGGGUUAAGAGAAGGCAGACCUGACCUAUGAGGCUUUAAAAUGGGAGGCUGCUCGUUUAUGGCCUGGGAGGACUUCAAGGGCUCAAAUAGAAGGGAACAGAGUUUCCAGCAGUUGAGAUAAUGCCACUAACUGUCUGUCUAGCUCUAUACUCAUCUCUCGAGGGAGAAAACAGAAAUGGGGGCAUGGCCUUUGCUUAACGUUUCCCAUUGGAGCCCUGAGGACUUGGGGGGCAAUCUUGAGGCUGUAAUUAACAGUGUUACUGUGAGCAAAGCUACACUAGGAGAAGGAGCGUGUGUUUCUGGCACGCAAGGCUGCCUCUUCUUCCAUAAAGGGGAAAAAAAAAGAUAAUACUUAAAAAAUACAGUAAUAAAGAAAAAGGAUUAUUUUAUUCA